AUGAGUUGCAACCUGACGUUUCUCCCCCCGGAGCCGAUUGCAUUGAUUGAUGAAGACGACGAAUCUGAAACUACGACUGAUGAGCGCGAUGCAUGUAAUAUAAGUGUGGCGUCCAUGUCUACAUAUGGGAUCAGUAACAGGAGGCGAAGCAACAGUGCGAUAAACUCGAACUAUAACUUUUUGAAGGCUCAAGUGAGCGAUUGUACUUUAAUGGGGGGCCACAACGGUGGUAAGUUUGCUGUUUGGAAGAUAACCAUAGUUCUCCAGCCUGUCUCCCGUGAUAAACGGGCAGCUGCGGCGACCCCGCAGAUACAUAUAUACAAGCGGUACUCGCAGUUUGUUACCUUCCGUGAGGAGCUGUUAGAGGAGUUGCAUGAGAUUAAAGAGGAGGCAGUUAGGGUUCAGGACAGGGAACGAACGAGCAAGUUAAUGGCGAUAAAAGUACCGCCCCUGCCUCCGCCAGUGCCAUGGUACAGUUACUGGCAAUACCAAGACGUUAAUAUGAGUAAAAAAUGGCUGAUGGAAAGGCGAAGAGGGUUAGAGUAUUUUAUGAACUACGUUAUACUGAAUCGUUGCAUUGUUGAGAAUUGUAAGAAGGUUAUAUUGUCCUUUAUAGAGCGUAAAGAUGGUUGA